UGACACCGUUCGUCUCCAUCCACUUCCGCACGGCCUCGAAGAUCUGUAUCUCCUCCACCAUGAAUGUGUCCCGAGCGAUCAGUUUCUUGAGGUUUUCUUUCGGUAGUUGCUGGAGAGCCGUGCUUGCGAUGACCUCUCCAGCGUGGAGGUCCAUGAAGACUUCGCACUUGUCCUGGAGGAGGGGGGCAGAGCUGCUCUGGGCGUGGGAGUGAAAGAGAAAGAC